UCUUCAGAAUCAUUUUAAUUGAUUUAGUUUCAGAUGUUUCUCAUAUCACUGAUAAAAUAAGACUUCGAUUGGUUCAUGCCUCGCGGGGUUUUGUUCAAGAUUCUGGGGGGUUCUCGAAGCAUAUUUAUUCCCUGUUGUUUAUGUAGAAAUGUCCGCUGAAGCUUUUGUUCGCUUUUGCCUCCUUUUGUCCAAUCCAUGCUGAUUUUAUUUCCUACGGGAUGUCAAUGCUGCAACCCAAGGGAGAUUGGUUUUUGAACGAAUCCAGCCUCUCGGGAAAUCAUAGUAUCAGACUGACAUGGCUGAGGGGCGCUGUCCAAGUUAAACGAUAACGAUUCUGCAGUGUGUCAUGCCAGAUGUUCCACCCAACUUUGAAUUUUCAACCGAUUUACUUUCUUGUCCAUGUCAAUUUGAUCCAAACAUGCAGAAUGGAAGCUCACUAUAUGACAAGAAAAAGGCUUUUAUUAAACUAGCAUUAAAACUGCAUCCAGAUAGAUUUAGCAAGAGUCCUGAUGAUUCUAUCAAAACGAAAUUUCAUGAAGUAUGUAAAGCCUACAAAAGGUUAACAUCAGACCACUGUAAUACAUCUGACUGGAAUGUUGAUAAAAGCGAUGAGAUAUUCUUCAGUCUGCUAGCAGAUUCAUUACAACACAACUCAAAAGCAGCUUUAUACGGACUUUUCUCAGAGUUACCAAAUCAUAAAUCACAUUUUCAAAAUGACAAUGAAUACAGAUGCAAAGAGGAUGCAUUAGAUGAAGAUGAGGAUGAAGAUACAGAAUUCAAUAGGCUUAUAACUAUUCUUAUGAAUCGUCUACAAAAUGGAAAAUCAUUACCUGCUGGGCUAACACAAGAUAAGAUUUCAAAAUUAAAAGAGGAUUUUAUAAAACAUAAAGAAGCUACCAAGAAAUGUAUAGAAGAUGAAAAGAUAACAACUACAGCAAAGAAACCAAAGGCUACAACCCAGGUUCCUGUGACAAAGCCCAAACCCAAAAGUAAAAAGCAAAUGAUAGCUGAGCAACGUAGACGAGAAAAGGAAAUGGCAAAAAUAGCUGCAGAGUUGGACGAAAAGAGGCGACUAGAGGAAGAAAAAGAAACAGCAAAAAAACAGCUUGAGGAAGAAAAACAACGGAAGCUUGAGGAAGAGCAGAGACGACAGGAAGAUGAAAGAAAAAGAUUGGCAGCUCAAGCAAAGAAGCGUAAAGAGAGAGAGGACAGGGAAAGAGAACUAAAACAACAGAAAGAAAAUGAGCGUCUUGAAAAGUUAAAAAAGCAACAAGAGGAAGAAUUAAGACGAAAAGAGGAAGAAAAGAAACGAAAAGCGGAGGAAAAGGCAGCGAAAUCCAAAGCAUUAAAGGAAGCUAAAGAAAAAGAAGAAAAGGAGAAACAGGAUCAGUCCAAAAAGCAACAGGGAGCAAAAAGAGCAACAACAAAUGCCCAGCAGCAGUAUCAACCACAAUACCAACAGUACCAACAGCAACAACAAAAAUAUCCAAGAGAAGUUCCUCCUAGAUUUUUAAGACAGAUGCAACAAAGGCAAGGGCCUACGUCAACAGAUGUAGAGCAGCACCAACAACCACAACAACAGCAAAAUCUGCAGCCUAAAACACAAACCGUUCGUAAAGAUCAAAAACAGCAAAAGGAAGAAGGAGAUUGGGACAGUGGCUCGGAUGAAUUGGCAAAUGUAAAUAAGUCGCAAGAAACUCGGAGUAAAUGGACUGAGAAUUCAACAGGAACUCGUAAUGAAAACUGGGGGCAAGAACUUAGUAGUGGAGGGGGCUCUUUGUCUGAUUGGGGAACUGUAAAUGUUACUGAGGACUGGGACGCACCUGGUGAUUCGCAUUUUGGAUCAAAUUGGACGGAGCCCCGGCAAGAAACGACUCAACUAGAGGAUACGAAAACAAGUGAACCUUCUGUUAUAGGAACAAUCGGUAGCGAAUUGAAAAGCGGUAAAAUACCUAAGAAGGAUUCGAUUAGUGGACAAUUCGGGGUGAUCGGGCAGCCUGUGUCGUCUUCUAAGGAUGUUCCAGUUGUUGAUCCUAAAUCAGAAGCAAAUUCGGAUUUACAAACAGAAAGGCCUGAGCCAGUUGUAAAUGUAGUGAGGGAUCCGCUGUAUAAGGACGUUAUAGAGAAAAAACCACCCGAGUCAGGGGAAAAGACUUUAGUAGAUGCUGGGACGAAAGAUCUUGAAGUAAAUAACUCUCAAGGGUCUAAAACACCUAAAUUAACCGGUUGGUCAGGUCUUGAUGGAUUUGAACCGUUGCCUAGUUACGAUAAGGGCUCGGGCGUAUCACAGACUGUUGCUAGUGUUGUCGAGGAUGAAAGCCAAUCGAGAACCAAAGUGGAAAAUGUUGUUACGAGUAACCAUAAAAACGUGAUCAGCGACACUCAACAGCUAGUGAAGAGCGCAACAGUGGAGAAAAGCAGUGGUAGUAAAAAUGCUGUCAGAGAGGCUGAGGGUGUAAGGGAGGCUGAUGAAUGGGGAUGGACUACUGCCUCAUCAAAGAAAGCAAAGCAAAAACCCAGCAAUACACCUAGUGUAAAUAGAGAAGCGAACUCGUGGAUGAGCCGAUCAUUAAAACAACUGCUGGAUAUGGGAUUUAAACUUGAAGAUGCAGAGAGAGCUUUGAAAGAAAACAAUGGAAUAAUUGAAAGCGCAGUCAGUGAUCUCUUGAGCCGUGCUGACACCACCCCUACGGAUAAAAUUCAUGAUCAGGCGGGUAUUUCAAGUCGAAGAAAAGAUCAAUUAUCUUCAAGUAUGAAUGACAAUACUGACGAAAAGUUAAGUAAUAAAAAAGGACAAAGCAAAGAAAAUCGUACUAUCGAAGAUAGUAGAACACAAACGGCUAAAAUGUUUACGUCUGAUAAAUCAGAUUUUGUCGGAGGAAAUAAAUUAGAAGAAAAAUCUAAUGCUGGCUCGGAUGCCAAAGGAACGGCAAAUCAAGGUCCCGUUUCAAUGUCAAGCAGUUCCUUUUUACCAACAGAUAUCGGGACACGUUUUUCAGAUAGCAAUGUUAUCAAAAGUAAGCCAGUUGGUGUUAUAGGAAGCCCGUUACCUGGGACUUCAAAGAUUUCAUCACAGAAUUCGCAAAGGCCUUUGUCCACAGAUGAUAAAAGUUUAUUAGGGGCAACUCAGGCACCAAUAUCGACACCUGGUCAACAGAUUUCCCCAGUAGGGUCAUCUGUUAACCAGUCCCUUCCGCAACAGUCCUUCCCGAGUUUUAGUCAUGAUACCCAGGCCUUUCCCGGCCAAGGGCCGAAACUGCACCAUAUCCUACAACAGUCACAAGGACUGCCGCAGCCAUCUUUGUUCCCUCAGCAGCAAAUUUUACCAACCGUACCUGGGACAGUAUCAAAAGAUGCCACUUUUAUAUCACCUCCACUAGCUGCCAACCCAAAUCCAGGCCCCCAACAGUCGAAGCUUUUGCAAUGGACCCAGCAAAUUUCAAUGGAAGCAAGAGACACGGUUGCAUCUUCGGCUCAAUCCGAGCAAGACGCCUCUUGGAACAGCAUCACAUCGGUGCCAGGCUGUGCGAGUGCCACUAUAACCCCAGUUGGUGCACCAGUGACUGUUGACCCUGUAUCUGCCAAAUGGGGUGUUAUUGCUGCGCCACGGUUGUCACCGACGCCAUCCGAAUUUAGGCCAGGUGUCCCUUGGAAACCAAAAGCAGAGCUUGAACGGGAUGAUGGGAAGAGAACAGAGGAUGUUGACUUCCCAGAUAUUGAUUCUAAGGACCUGCCAGGUGGCAACAUCAAUGGUAUUUUGUCCUCGUCUGAAAAAGCGCCUCCCGCGGGUGUAAUCCGACCCCCACCAGGACUAGUGGCCGCAAAUUCAUUUGAUCUUCACAAUACAGAUCCGCCUGUUGGGUUGCUUGAACAAUCAAGUGUGGGCCAAAGUGGUAGUAACAAGGCUGUUAAACAAUGGCUAGCCCUCACUGGACUCAAGCCGGCGGUUGACUACAGUCCACUACGCAUGUUAUGCCAACAAUACGGGAUAGUCCUUGCACAUAGAACCGGUCAAGGUGCUAUAUAUGUUUGUUACGAAAGCCAGGCUCAAGCUCAAGAUGCUUGCAAAGCGUUGAACGGCCGCAUCAUAUUUGAUGCAAAUAUAGUGGCGACUUUGAUAACCGAGGAUGACGUUCCUAAUAUACCGGAUGCUAAGAUUGGAAUGCCUCCAGCACCUGGAAAGCCGUUUAUACCAGCCCAGUUUCCGGGCAUGCAGCCACCAUCCAGACCGUUUUGGGAUACCAAUGGUCAAAUCGGAACAAUUAACCCAAACAUGCCGUUUGCACCGCCCCCGAUGCCUGGUAUGCCCCCAGGAAAUUUGCUAGGACUAGGCCCACACUUGGGCCAAUGGCCUCCUGCUAGAUCGGAUCCGUUAGUAAACCCUUCUCAAUUCUGGCCGAUGAACUUGCCCGCGCAAGGACUCUUAAAUCAGGCCCCAAAUUACGGACCAUGGUCAACGAACAGUGCCUCACCUGUGACGGCUGUUAAUGUGAAUAGUACGCAUGCAGCCGUCAGCCCUUCGACCGGUAAUAAGCUAUUGCCAGACGGGCUUUUUAAUGCAAGUGAAUCUAUAUAAGCUUUGUUGCCUUUCAAAUUUGUUUUGCAAAAGUUUACGUCAUAUUAUAAAUUUUCAGAUUAAUGAUGUUGAGUUUA